AAAAGAAUAAGAGCUCUUAAAAUGGAUGCGCCCUUGUUGAAAACCAAGACUAGAUGUGGCACAACACGAUGAUGACUCACUGUUAGUCUGAUUAGAUGUGAUCCAGGCAUUUUAAUUAGAGCAACCCAAUUGAAAAAAAAAAAGGAUCCUGCCUCUUGCACAGAGCUUUGGAGGACUUUAUUUCAACUAUAACUAUUGAUGUAUCGAUCAAAGGAUGGGAUCAAGAUUUUCAUGGGCCCCUACAGCAUACAAAAUGCUUGACGGGAUAUUUUGCAUCUUUAAACCACCAGGACUCCCUGUGUUCAGAGCUGUUGAAAGCAUUCAAAGAAACUUAGCCAGUGAUCUGAAUGCCCUACCUUGUUAUGAGUAUGAGAUUCCUCUCACAAGAAGUCAGCCCAUUGCAGAAAAUGAGACAGAGACAUCCCUUUCCAUAGAGGCCGAGCCAGUGUCGUUACAGAAUUGGUCAGAACACAGGCUUGUUCUGGGCCCUCGUUUUGAAACAUCUGACUUCAGGAUAAGAUUUGUGGAUGGAAUGUCAAGCUCAGCGUCUGGAAUUUUAGUCUUGGGAAUUGGUCGUCAUGGGCAACGCUUCAUUGACCUAAUCGCUCAAGCCAAGUACCUUAGGGUGUAUCAUCUCAAAGGUCGGUUCGGUUGGGCCACUGACAACUUCACUGCGAAAGGAAGAGUUCUUGAAAGAACUAGCUAUAAACAUGUGACUCGAUCCAAACUAGAGAAAGUGUGUGCAGCAGUUCAAGCCGCUUACAGCAAACAGAUGCAUGUGUUGAGCGGUGUUGAUCCAGACAGUCAGGAGGCAUAUGAAAUGGCCAGCUCUGGCAUAAUCCGGCCUGCCAAGAGACACACUUCUCCCCUGCUCUACGGAGUACGCUGCAUUGACUUUCAGUUGCCUGAUUUCACCUUAGAGGUUCACAGCAUAAACGAGCAAGGGCCUUUACUGAAUCGUCUGAUCCACGACAUUGCCGUCAAGCUCAAGACUCUGGCAGUCUGUAGCGGUGUCCGGCGGUUACGGUAUGGUCAUUUCACACUGGACAGAGCCCUAGUGCGGCAACAGUGGCAUCUGGAGCAGAUAGUGGACAACAUUGAGAGCAAUGAAGACCUCUUGACGCCAGACAAACUUUUAGUCGGAGCUCGUGCAGAGAAAGUGAAGUUGCUGCCCCCAAGGGGGAAAGGUGUGUUGCUUCCCGGUCCUGGAGAUGCCCAGCCUGAUAGUUGCGACACAGCUGAUGAGAAUGUUUCAAACUUCGGUCAAAACUCGGACAGAUAGCAUUAUUUGUUUGUUCUGUUUUGUUUAUUUGUUUGGUUUUUGUGGGGGGGUCUUGUUUUGUGAUAAAAUAGUUUUUAUAAAUAAAGGUUUUAUCAAAGUUUGAA